AUGAACCGCCAUUUUCGUCGUGUGGAUGGUACGAUCCCUAUCUCAGCACUGCUUUACGAGGACGAAGGGUUGGUGGCUAGUCAGGGUGCAGUUGGGCUCUACGAUGGCAAGGAGAAAGCCCCUGAUCACCAAAACGGCACUAUCCAUGUUACAUCGCACCGAUUGAUCUAUAUCGACAACCUCAACCCCCGCAAAUUCUCUACCUCAUGUAAUCUAUCCCGGAUAAAACAGACGGAUGUGUAUGCAGGGUUCCUCAAGUCGUCAGCCAAGGUGAUAUUGUAUCUGUCUUCACACGAGGACAAAGACAGCUCGAACCCCGAAGUUGUUGUAACUUCAAUCAACGGCGAGGACGAGGAACUCGAGUUGGAGGGGGGCGGAAAGGAAGGAUGGCUAUGUCCAAUAUGCAGCUACAACAACCCUCCGAGUGCGAGCGACUCUUCUGCUCCUGUGUGCGUGUUAUGCGGUGUUCCCAAGAAUGAUGACAUUCCUAUGCCGCAACAAUUCCGGUCCGUUAGAAGUAACAAGACCGUUCGGCCUGCACUCGAAAUCCCUACAUCGAGUUCUCUGCCCUCGAGUGCUGCUGUAUCGGCGCCUACUUCGCCCGUUGCCCCGAACGGCGAGAUUGCUUGUCCAGCAUGCACGUUUUUUAACCAUCCCUCCAUGACUCACUGCGAGAUUUGUUCGACCCCUCUCGGAAAUGUGACUCUACGAUCGCCAAAGCCCACGAUGGGAACAAGCUCGUCACCAGCUAGUCCAUCAAGGUCACUUUCUGCGACACCCGUAACUACGCCUUCCAAAACGCCUACGACUCCUGAUCCCAACGCCCGCGAUAUGAUCAAGAUCAGUUUUAGAAAGGGUGGAGAUAAAGUGUGGUAUGCGGCUUUGAAACGGACGUUGUUGGCCAAAGCUUGGGCUCGGGUGGCUGAUUAUGCCAAACUCUUGAACCAAAAGCUUACCCAACAAGAAGAAGCAGACCGUCGAAGGGGAGACGAGUCAGGCCUGUUGUCCGGUAGUGAUUCGGCUCCGUCCGAUUCCGAAACUACUUUUAUCCGCAGCUCGCUUGCACGACUUGGUUUGCCAACCGACGCGGUUACCCAAGAUAUGGUCGCAGAUGAGAAGGCUUAUCACUUGGAGUUAGCAAAAGAGCUUGGCGGACUGCUAUUAGGUGGAUACGGCGGAAAAGGAGGCAAGGCACGGGAGUCCGAUAGAAGGGGAUCCGGAAUUUUGAAAGACUCAAGGGGGAUCGUGGGUCUGGACGAAGUGUGGGGUGCAUGGAAUCGGGCGAGAGGCGUGGGCGAUUCUUCUCCCUCCUUCCACAUUGCUAUCAGUGGCCUGCGCGUACUGCAUACACCCGACUAUACGCGAGAAGCGUUUGCCAGACGUAUGGAUUUACUUCUCAAGGAAUGUUUUCCGGUCGGCAAAACUACUUUCCAGAUUGCGGUAGCUGAAAAUGAAGGCGCCCCGGGAUCUCAGUCUAGGGGUGCGGGGAUUCAAAGUACAGGGGGAGAAAUUCGGAAUGAAAGUGCCGGUGUAAGCUUAGUGAUGGUCCAGGAAAUGAUAGAAUGUGCGGAAGAGGAUGGUGCUGUCGUACGGGAUCUAGGACUUGGGGAAGCCGGAGAGCUCAGAUGGUUGCCGAAUUUGUUUGUGGGAUACAUUUGGGACGGGGACUGA